AUGGCUCGUGGUAACGAAACCGCUUCCAAGAUCUUCUACAAGGGCAAGUCCGAUGACUUCAUUGUCUUCGUCGACGAUCUUGACAUCCUCCAGAAGUGGAAGAACGACCGCAGCAUCGCCCUUGCUAACGUCUUAAACGGCUGGAAGAUCUUUGUCACUCACUCCCACGGAGCCCAAGGUGUCCUUGACACCGCCAGCAAGAGCAUGCUGCAGAACGAAUUCGGCACAGACAACGAAGACGCUUGCAUGACCAAGAUCCUAGAAGGCGGCGAGUACCAGGCUUCCCCGGCCCGCGAACGUGAGGGCAGCAAGAACGACUCCAAGGGACCCAUGGUCAACCACUAA